AUGCAUCAGUCAACCCCCAUUAUCAAAAAGCCAUGGAUCGAAACACCACUCAUUGAGUCGGCAACGCUAUCCAAGCUCGCAGGAUGUAAAAUCUUCCUCAAACUCGAGCUCCUGCAGCCAUCCGGGUCUUUCAAAUCACGCGGAGUUGGCAACCUAAUCCUCUCGGCCAUCAAAAAUCCAGCCAACAAAAACAAAGCAGUCCACCUCUACAGCUCCUCAGGCGGAAAUGCCGGUCUAGCAGCCGUCCACGCAGCCCGCGACCUAAACUGCGCCUGCACAGUCGUCGUCCCCCACAGCACAAAACCAAUGAUGAUCAACAAGCUCCGCUCCGCAGGCGCAACGGACGUGGUCCAGCACGGCGCAAGCUGGUUCGAAGCAGACACAUACCUACGGGAGAGCUUCAUCGAAAAGCAACCAUCGCCUGAAGAGAACGCGGUAAACGUAUACGUGCCUCCAUUCGAUCAUCCCGAUAUCUGGGAGGGUGCCGGAAGUAUGGUUGAUGAGAUUGCGGCGCAAUUACCAGCCCGCGAAAAGGGUGGGCGUCAGGUGGCGGGUGCAUUCCCGGCUGAUGCGAUCGUGUGCAGUGUUGGUGGUGGAGGUCUUUUCAAUGGUGUUGUUGCGGGACUUGAGAAGCAUAUGGAUGAGUUUGGGAGUGGGACUGAUAUUCCUGGUGUGAAGAAGGUGCAUGUUUUGGCUGUGGAGACUAAGGGAGCUGAUUCGUUGGCGCAUUCUUUGAAGAAGGGCCAGCUGAGUUCGUUGGAUGCUAUUACCUCGCUUGCGACUUCACUUGGUGCGCUUUGUGUGGCUAAGAAGACUUUGGCUAACGCUAAGUAUCCGCCGCCUGGUGUGCAGGUUAGUAGUCUUGUUGGAUCGGAUGCGGAUGCUGCGAGGGGUAUUUUACGGUUGGCAGAUGAGAUGCGGUUGCAGGUUGAGUUAGCUUGUGGGAUCAGUUUGGAGGUUGCUGUUGCGGGACGGUUGAAGGAGGUUAUGCCUGAUUUGAAUUCGGAUAGUCGGGUUGUUGUGGUUGUUUGUGGUGGAAGCAAUAUCACGGCGGAGAUGAUUGCGGAGUUUAGACAACGUUUAGAUGAAGGGUGGGAAUAG